AUGAGGACGACUCAUGUUGGGGGGCACGAUGUUACAAGGCAGCAGGUGCUGAUUGUCAAUAGCAAGACCUUGCUGUGCAUUACCAACACCCACGCACUUUUGUACACAGUUGAAGCUUUGGCUCAAGCCAAAGCGUCAGUGAAAUCUCAGCUUGGCAGCAGCCUGAGCCUCGGGAAAUCAUAUUUACUGCACCGUGCGAAAUCUUUUGAGGAUGACAUGGGAAUUUCAGCUGUGGCGGUGGAUAGAGAUCACGAACUAAUAGCCAUCUGUGGCCGGAGUAUAGGAAAACCUGCAGGUAUCUAUAUUUAUUCGUCGAAAACCUUUGCACUAGUGCGACGUUGCAAGGCAUUUAGCGAACGCGGUUUUUCCAUUGCUGCCUUCCGAGGGAAGUUUCCCUUUAUCGGACCAGAUGCUGGGCAUGCUGUAUGUGGUCUCACCGAGAAUGAAGGCAAUUUGGAGAAAGGACCAGCUUCUGAUGACAAGUCCACGAUCGGACGUGGCGCGUCUGAUAUCACACCAAGUCCACAGUACACAGACGAAAAAGGGCCUCAGGAAGUACCCAGAGUUGUGGUAGAUGCAAAGGACAUCCCGGCGGACACUACUGAAAAAGAUGAGCUACUUGAUCCUGUCAAAGUACCACUCCUCGCUGUAGUUGGAUGGGAAGGGGAUGAUGGAGAAACUUCCUCCCUUUCCACUUCUUACAUAACCCUUUGGAACGUUUCCGACGGCACCAUAUUCCUCCGCCUGAGGGCACCAGCAUUGCAAGUGCUUGCUCUUGAAUGGUCCCCUUUCUUUGCCUAUCAAAUUACUGCGUCCGGAUUACGUCACGUUUACGUUUGGACAGCAACGCGAACGUUUACCGGACUAAAGCUGAAGAAUGGCUAUAUAAUGGCAGAACUGCUUCAGUUGUUGCCUGCGUCCACAAAUCUUAACGCACAAGACUCCGACGUCGCGCGAGAACAGAGUGAGGGAGGCCAAUGGCAAUGCGGGUUUGCAGUGGCAUGGCGCACCGGGGUGAAGGCGAUAUGUUCUCAGCGGGCAAAAUGUAGGGACUCGUUUCAUGAUCCCGUGGUAAUUGCUAAUGGAGAGGAGGGCAAAUGUGCUUCUUCAGACUCUUCUAACGCACAGCUUGUGUCCUGCCAUAAAGGAAUGGUGAAUAGCCUGUUUAGGGACCCGAAGAAUACGGACCAUAUUGUUUCCGCCGGCACCGACGGUUGUAUAAAAUGGUGGGCCGCUCAUACCGUGCUGAAUGCAGUUGAAGCCAUGGGUCAAAACACUACAAUCUCAAUUUCUGCUCUUAGAGCAUUCACCAUGCCAGGAAAUCUACCAAUCAAGAGUAUCCUAGCCGACAGAGCUUCUUCGGAGCUAUUCUGGGUGGUAGUGGAUGGACGUGGCACUACAUGGCUCUUUUCGCCGACAUCUGAAAAUCUGGUCAAGGUAUUUGACUUUCAUGCCGGUAGUAUCCUUGCCCCAAUCGAGGUCGCUACUGGAAAGACGGAUGCAGGCAUGAAAAACGAAUACGGUGGGUCUAAAAGAAGUCUACCACAAACCAAAAUUCGUUGUGUCGCACUGAUGCCAUCGGUUGAAGGGACAACAUCUUCCCUCGUAUUUAUGGGCUUUGAGGACGGAGUUGUACGGCUAGUUGAAGUUUCCGUGAAAGGGUCACAGCUCUUAUUGGCCAUAAGGACUCACAAACGCGCCAUUGUGGAGCUGGCUGUGGACCCUUCAGGGGAGCGCCUAGCAGCACUAGGAGAAGAUGGAGUUCUACUACUUCUAAAACUUAAAUCUGGUGCCCCUAAAGACGAGGCAACAGACUCAUAUACAUACGCAGGAGUUCGAAACUGCUCCGAAAGGAGCUGGGAAGCGGAGCCUUUAGGAUUCAUCAAGGCUUCUGAGCCUCUGAUGCACCUUGCAUGGGAACACCCGUUGCUCCUCCUCGGUGUUGCAGCUGAUGCAGCGCUAAUAAUCCUGGAUGGGCUGCAGGUUCUUAGUGAAGAGCCAGCGCAACGAGCAGCAGCGGAAGAUGGUGGGGCAAACCUGGGAAACGGCACCAUAGUAGGAGAGGGCGCUGGGGUAACUUCCGAAAGUGACGACCUUGAGAAGGUACAGGAACCCACGAGUGAAAGUUCGGGCCAAAUUGGCGACGAAGGCACGCCGGAGGAAGGCAGUGCUUCAGAUGAGGAAGCAGCCCAGUGUCCACCAAAGGCAUCCAGGGUCCCCAGAAAAGACCCUUUAGAUCUUACUGGCAUCCUUUCUUUCAGGCGUAUCGAUGUAAAAGUAUCAACUGCUGGCCUCCGUGGUGCUCGUUCGGAGGGCCAGAAUGACAGGGAGGAGGAAGACUUGAGUGGCACUGAGAGUGAAUCGGAAGUGGUUGCCGAUUCAAAGGUCAGAGUCUUUAACACGAACGAAUACAAGACGAAACGAAGUUCAUCUUAUGAAUGCGUCGAAAGCAGAACGGCGGCUGAGAGCAAAGCACGACAUUCAAUUGCAUCAACAGUAGAUCAGCAAACACGUCACCGCGUGGAGGUCACAGCAGCAGCCCAUAUUACUGCAUUAACAACAGCCAAGUUGGUUGCCUGCCCAAACAAUCCUGACAAGCCAACUUGGAAUGCAAAUGACAACGGUCUCAGCAACGCAUCGACACCUAGGAUCGUUGACAAAAUGCUGAUUGCAUCACGUUUUUUCUUGCUGUUUUCUGGAACCAGUAAGAUGCGAAACGCCAUUUGGUGCUUUUCGCUUGAGAGACUAUUGGAGGCGGGAACUCCGCAGCACCCGCCGAACCCUCAAAUCCGUACUCUGUUGGCUCACCCUAUGGUGUUGCUUUCCAAAGUUCUCCAGCAGCUCAGCCCCAGACAUUCGGAGACCAGCCGUGCUGAAUGCCAGGGGCCUUACCUUACUAAGCUUGUGGCGGUCUUUGACGAACGAUUGCUUAUCGCCGGCACAUCCGAUGGACGAGUACUGCUGUUCCCUGCCGACACCCCCCAGGCGUGCGUUGUGACUAGGGUUUUUGAUUGUCAUACUGGAAGCAUUACCAGCAUCUUGGCGCGGCCUAUUGGAUGCAGUGGUAGGUGGGCUCUAAAUGCAGCAGCUCAAAGUGGGACCUGGUGGAGGUGCGAGUUUGAAUUGGCUGAUAUCUUGUCGCGAUGCCAGAAGUCGCAAGAAGCUGAACAAGACGCGCAGAAAGCUGAAGCGGCACAAGCCAAAGCAGAACACUCGCAGGCACAGCAUUUCCGCUGUUUUGAGUCUAACCAACAGCAGUCAGGAAAGUAUGAGCAACAGCAGCAAUUUCUCCGUCGCUUGCUCCAGUCAGAUAUGGCUAUCGAAAACGCUCAAGUCGCCGUCGAUACAGGUUUCCCAGCAACAAAGGAGUUGGAACCACCUUGUCCAAACCUUGUGCGAAUCGAUGAACUCAUGGAAGUAGAAGCAAACAUUUUUGGGGUUCUCGAGACAAACAGAGAUUCCGCGUUACCAGAUGAGUCCGAGCCAUCGGCUACUGCAGACAUGGCAGCAGACAUUAUCGACAAUACAGAACCCACAAUCAUGGAUUUGGUGACCGAAUUCAAAGCCUUGCCAGGGUUUAAUACCCCAGAGAUUCUGAAGGACUUAGUGAUUUGGGAUGGCCUUCUUCGUGAAAGUGAGGCUGAAAGCGCGCGAUAUCUGGAGGUAGUAGAGCAAGAGAUACAAAACGCAAGGGAUCAGCAUCAAAUUUUGAUCUCAGAUCUUACGGUGGUCACUGACGUCUUUCGAAGGGCCACCAAGUGUGCAUGUCUAACGGUAACCAUGCUGUGCUGCAUAUCGCCGGUAAGUGGUCGCAGUAAACGCUUGACUGUAUUUGUGAUACUACGAUGCACGAGACUUGAUAUGAAUCUGCAGAAACUCCUAGGUGGAGUUCUGGAAGGUGUGGCAGUGAGCAGCAUUGGCGAUGGUCUUCACAUCUCUUCGUUCCCCACUGACCAGUCAUCAAUUGUGAGCCACUCUGUAGACGCACUACACACUUGCCCUCCAGCCUUUGCACGCUUCUACUGGUUCGGUCCUGUAUGUUCCGUGUUUACGUCAGCAAAUCCAAAAGAGUCUGUGUAUAAAGUUCUCGAAUGGCAUAGUGCUACACUUCAGGCAAUAAAAGAAGACCAGUGCGGCUCCCGUGAAGCUGAUGAUAUGGAGGCGCUCUUCGAAGAAGCACGAACACAAGAGCUUAAGCGCCUCCUUAUGCCUGAGCGUGCGCCACAUCCGGAAGAUCCUGAUGCCCGGAGGCAACACGUGCAGGCGAUGGACGAGUUACUCAAAGCAAAGCCGCAGGAAGGCUUGACCGAUCCUCAGAGUGACUCCUGCAUUGCAGAAACGAUCAAGAGCCUUGGCGCCUACAAGCUCACUGCCUCUGGUACUCUGACAGAGUGCUCGUUGGCUUUUUCAUCGAGAAAAAGAAGCAAAAUGCUGGACCUUGUUAAGUGGACAACAACUAAAGCUAUUUGGUUUAACCAAUGUGUUGCUGUAAUGUCCGAAAUACGGAAGGAGCUCCUCAGCACUUGCUUACGCCUACUUAGCGGAAUCAUCGACUCCCUGCACAUCGCCCAACUACAAGAUUCCCCAGAGGGGCUUAGAGCCAAAGCGCUAGUACAAACAGUGCACAAUGCAGCAUUGAGCGAACAAUGCAAAGGAUCAUUGUGGACCGUUGACAAGAAACAGCUCAUAAAUUUCUUAGAAGGGCGCCGAAAGGAGCUUAGCAACAGUGGAGCACUAUACGAAACUGAUGCUACCAGGGCCGAGAUGGCACAGCUGGAAACUACACUUGGUGAAGUGCAUCGGUUCCCAGACGACUUCACUGUAUCGUUUGAGCAUUUGCGCCAAAUUGCAUCUCUCUCCGGCAUAGGGGUGCAGGCCUGCUCGGUAGGGGAAGAACCCCACGCAUGCAAUGCAUCUGUUGGACACCUCAGGACGUCAAACCCUCUGUACACCGGUGGCGUUUGCGAAAAAGGUCUCGAGCUUAAGACGCGUUUUAUGGAUAUCCUGAACAGCCUCAGAAAGUGCGAGCUUGAGCAAAGCCGCGUGGCCUGCAGAGUCUUUGCUUUCCAAGAGAGCGUAAAAUGCUGCCAGCAACACUUGGAGAAAUCGGAUUCCUGUGGUCCCUUGCCUUCCGAAAUAAUGGACCGGGCAAAGCUGCAGAGCCUGGAACUCCAUGCGCAAGCUAGUAGAUUCCUCGACGCAAUAUCGAGUGGGAUUAGUCAGUUCGACCAAGAAGUACGAUGGCUGCUAGAGGAGCGUACGUCUGUUCAGCAGGAACUACUGCUUGCACGACUAAAUCAGCUCGAGCAAUAUCGUGAGCUGACGAUAAUUGAAUCCAUGGAACCACGCAGAUCACGACUUCAACAGGACUUCUCAGAUACGCGAAAAGAAUGCAAGGAAAUUGAAGAUCGUCUUAAAGCCAUUGAAACGUGCAUGACUGAAAAGAAGCAGGGCAUUGAAAGCUGUCAUGUGAGGACAGCAUUGUGCCUGCGUGGGCUAGAAAUACGCCGACGGGCCAUGGAAGCUGUCGAACCCAGAAAUCAACAACAUGCCGCACUAAUGGAAAUUUUUAAUCGCAAUGUACUCAUAUACCCAAAUAUUCCUAAAUCUACUUGUGCUAAGAUGCUGCAACAAAAACGGCCUUCUAGCUUUGCUUCCAUUUCUGAAAUCGAUGAGACCGAGCGCGUGCAACAGGACUCAGAGAGCAUAGAAGAUAUCUGCCCCGUAGGAUGUGACAUGGCAGUCUACGAGGCCAUCUUGGAGCUCAGGGACCAGAAAAUGGCAAACGCAGCUGCACUCACGCUUCAUCAACGGGAACUGGACGACCUGAAGAAGGAAUAUGGCAAAGUCCAGGCUUUGCAACGGCAGCAGGCAUGCCGCUAUAGCUCUGCGGAAGCUGCGAUCCACAAAUUUUUGAGAGAACUGCAGGGAUCCCUCAACGACGUUAUCACGACGGCGCCUCUGCGAGCAUCCCAGGUGAUAGGCUACGUUGUUACAAUCCGCUGCUUGAUAUUUGCUGACGAUGCAUGGCAGCUCCCAGAGCAGCUCGAUUAUGCAGUGCUCUUUAGUCAUAAAGGAUUUUCAGCUUUAAACCAACGGGUGUUGGGGCUACAGCAAGAAACAGUUCUUGUUGCACACGACAUGAGACAGCUAAAAUACGCAAUAUCAAGCGCGAAAAAGGACUAUAAGCAAAGCACCCAGCGCCUGGAAUCACUUGAGGCAGCAUUUAAAGAAGUAGAGCGUGUGCGUUUCGGGGAUUCACUAACACUAGAACAAGUUGAAGCAGCAGCCAAAGCCGCAGAGAAGGCGGAACUUCAAGGAUGCAAUGAACCGCUGAAGCCAGUGUUCGAGAGAGAUGUGGAGCUCUUAAGUGAUAAACGGCGAUGCACUGCAUAUUGUCACACCAGUGUACUAUGCCUGAAGAACACAAGCAAUGAUGGCACUGUGGAAAGAAACCGGCUAGAGAAGCUGACACGCCUGAAAGCAGAACUGAAGAAACGAGACUCUGAGAUUAAGAGACUGCAAGGACUACUCAACCAAAUUGAAAUUAAAGGCAAGUUCGUGCUUACGCAGGGAUUUAGAGUCUUAUUUUGGAUUGAGAGCUUGAUGUCGAGUACUUGA